UCAUACCCUGCCAAUUUUUUGGUUUCUGUGUUUGGUUGAAGAAUGCACCAUGUGAAGUACCGGUAGGUGAAGUUACUCCGUAGGCCUGUGAUGAAUGCUAGUUAACUACGGGUUUUGGGAGUCGAGUCUUUGGUCCGGAGGCUACCUGGACUUAGUACCGGUAGGCCAGCGGUACCUGAUCGACGCGGGUUCCGGUUGCUCCACUGGAAACUUAUGGAGAGUUUGCGGGUUGAGAUCAGGUGAUUGGUCUUUUUUUUUUUUUUUUCUGGUUGUAUGCAAGGAGGGAAUAUGGGGGGAAGGGGGGACGGAAGGGAAGGGACGGUAGAUGGAUGUAGUUACUGGAGGGAAGGGGAAUGAAGACUCUGGAAUGAUG